CGACAUUUGAGAUCGCAGGGGGCGGGGGAGAUUGACGGUACACUGAGGAGCAUACUGUUCAGCUCCUUCAACCAAGACAUUUGCACCGUUAUCAAUUGGAAGCAACCCAACUACCCAGUCCUUCUUUGCAAUGAACUCGGGGCGGAGAGCUCUCGGUCACCUUCGGGAAACACGCAUAUUGUCGAAAGCAGCGGUCGCACACGAAUAUCUGUGAAGGAGGCAGUACAGAUUGCAAGGAACAAUAACUUCAUGGGGCUGAUAUGCAGCUCUCGUCUGCUGUCACUUGCCCCUGCCCUGAUUGAGUCGAUCAAGACAGCCGGCCUCGUUCUCGUUACGGAUAUCACGGAUUCGCCUGCCGAAAGUGUCGCGCAGCCGGCAGGCCUCCAUGUCGCACAUCCGCGCCGGCAAAACACGCCAGAAGGCGUCGAUGGGUACCUGAGGGAUAACGGCGUGCUCUGCUUCAACGAGACUGUCGAUAUGUAGAGGAGGAAAUGCUACGAG